AUGGGAUUCGUUUUCGGAUCCAAUUAUGGGUAUGUAGAAUGGUCGGAUAACGACAAAGACGCAGAAAUACGAGCAAAGACCCCUUCUAUUUACAGCACUCAAAAUAUCAACAAGGAAUCACUGCACCAUCCAACUUAUUACCCAGGAUCCGCCACGGAGCGCACGGUGGUGGCGCACAAAAUCGAAGAGGACCUGCCUAGGGUGGUGACAGCUUUCCUGCACACUGGAGACUCGUCGGCUCUUGAACAAGUCAACUGUUCUCGGAGGUAUGAGUUGAGUAGCCUCCGUGGUGGAACCAAUGUGGCCUCUCAUUAUUCUCUCCAUAGCGUGCUGGACACUAUGGCGCACGCGACUAACUUCCUGAACAUGAUUUUACAAGCCAACAGGUCGCGAGAGCACAGCCUUCGGAGGGAUAUUCACUGGUACCACGCGCUUGUUCGGAGUAUUCUCGAAGGGGACCCCAAAAUUCACAGGGCAGUGGUUACAUUCCAUAAUGAUGCUCCAACACCGGGUCCUCACGUUUUCCUUCAAGCGACAAGAACUGACAGGGAAGUGGUCCUCCAGGACCUUUCCAACUCUGCUCACCACCGUCUCAAGAGCAGGAGCCCGGAUUCUGAGUGGUUUAACGAGUUCAGGGACCGAAAGAAAAUGCACGUUCAGAGAAGGGCGUCAGGCAGAGACGCCACAGCCACUCAAAAUAGCUACAUUCUGGACAAAAGUCAAAUCAAGUGGUCUGCGCCGUACCUGGAAUGCGAGCAUGGGAAUUUCGUACCGCACUGGUUACUCACCUUGUCUGCGGGGUUCUAUGGGUUGAAGACAAAUUCCGCACCCGAGUUCAGGUGAGGCUAAGGGAGCUGGCUGUCACUCAUGACUGUUUGUUUGAAAGUAACACUUUUGGUUAAAAUUUGCCAUGUCUAUUGUUUAUCGAUUGAAAGAAAUGGUAGGUAGGCCUAUAUAUUGUUUUUCAGGUCCUGAGAGGACAGCAUUGCCGACCUGACCGCAUGCUUCCCGCGCUUUGAAGCAGGUGCAUGGAAAAGGGCCCAAAUAAAUCCUCUCAACACAAACAGUAGGAUAAAGCUGCUUCUCUACAGCAACGUUUUAAGGUUUACCUAGAGCAUCUUACUAUGAUAGUCAUUUUAGACCAAUUCUGAUGCUUGUGGAUAGUUUGCACAGAGCUAGCCAUUAUUGAAAACAGCAUGUGGUCCUGAUGUGGUAGUCGAAUCUUCAGUAGCCUUUAAUUAGGAAAGCCAACCCAAACAUAACCCAUCUGUAUUCCCUCCACUUUACAAAGAAUAGAUCCAGUGAAUCUGAAAUUAAACUUACUCAGUGAAUAACCAUGAAAAAUGAUUUGUCCCAUCCACUGAUAUGCACAGCAAGAGGGCAAUACGUUACAUUGAGGAUAGGAUAGACAUUGUGGGAUGUUUGAGUAGUUGUUUUCCUGCUUGGCUGAUGCUUGUGCAAUGCAGAAAUCAGCCCUAGUGGAAGGAACAGAUGGCUGGAUAGCAUCUCAAAGACAUGUAUACUAUCUAUGAUUAACGAACACUGCUGUCUGUCAAAAACAGCUCUUAUUUUUUUGCAUUCACAGUGUAGGCCUCUACACUUCCUUUUUGAGGGAUGUGUUUGCUGUAAAAACUUUAAACUAAAACAGUAGGCCUAAUUAAUUUUAAUUUGCUGUUAUAGCUUGCAUGGUUCAAAAGGCCUGGCUUUGCUGUACAUUUUUUUUUGCGAUAGUUGUGUGAAAGUGUAGGUCGGUGCAUUAGGACACACGUAUUUCAAGGCUUCAGUCCAAGUGUGUCCAAAAAUACAUUUAGUCAUGAAUAAAUUAUAAAAGACAUGCAGUACAAUGGCAAUCUGAAACCACUUUGAAUUUUAAGUCCACUUUACUCCCACUUACAUUUCAGUGCUGCUGUGUCCACACAAUAAUUCCAGCAUGUUGGUUUGUCACCGAGUUUGAUUUGUUUAGGCAGGACUACAGAUCUUAAUUUGAACCGUUUUUCACAGCAGGAAAAUAAUCUUUCAGCCACAGGAAAUGUGUAAUAUUAUGAGUAUUAUAAUUAAUGGACAUUUUUGUAGGGGUGAUAUAUUUUUAGUUAGUCUGACAUUUUAAAGUGGAAAUUACAAACUUUAGAAGCCUUUUUAAACCUUGAAUACACUACAAGUUUGCAUAUCCUGUAGUGAAGGAAAAUUAUCUGCGACAACAGAGUGAUCAAAUUAAGAUAGUACAUCUGUAUGUAAGUUAGUCAGUUUUGUGCAUUCCUUUAGCAUAAAUGCAAGAUGAUCUCAAAGCGGUUGCCUGAGCCGAUCCCAAACAAUUACCAAGCCCAUAUCAUUAAGCAAGGGGCUCUGGUAUGGAGUGCUGCAGGUACAGAAACAUUUAGCCUAGUUCUAACCAAGCACCACAACUGACUCUACUAAUUCACAACACCAACUAAGCUGAUUUAUUAAUAUCAGUGAUUGGCUACAUUUCACCUACCUGGCCUCCCAGGUAUUCCAUGCCCCUGCUCUAGUCCCUUGUUGAAACCUCUUCACAGAUCAAAAAAGGUUUUGAUAGGUCUCUGCAAUAGGGUAAGAGCUGUCAUGAUGCUUGCUCACACCGAUCCAGUCGAUUCAGAUCUGGAAGGGGAUAAACGAAGGCCUAUGUGUAGGAAGGUAUUAUUUGACAUUGGACCAUUGUUGACGUGUCUCCACUACAAAUGUGAUACAGCGGCAGCCGGACAAAGACCCAUGCUGUUGCUGACAGCUACUGUACAUUUUCGGCUUAGCAAAACAUAGCUAUCAACUCCAGCUCAACCAUAGAGGGAGGCAUUAUCGACCUUGGAGCUGCUUUUAAGACUUUUCGGAUUUCAAGUACAAUAUACUUGAUUUCUAAAGUUCAGUCCUUUCUUUUUAUGGCCACGAACACAACGUGAAAGCCAUUUUAUGAGGACAUUGGUAUGAAGCCAUCGGCAAGAUGGCCUUUAAUUAGCUGGGAAAUUAACUGCUUCUACUGGUUUUUAAAGAACUUGUUCCUGUUCAGAAUUUCAGAAUGUCCUGAGGGCGCAUUAAAAUUCAAUUGACUUUCCCACAAAUGGAUGUGGCAUAGUUGUCUAAUGAUUAGCAGCAGCAGCAUGACUUUUAGAAUAGGCCUGUGGAUUCAGUUUAACAACUACAGCCCCAACGUGUCGAGAUCAAAGAGAAUCCCACUGUCUCUGUCUCUCUUCCUUUUUCGGAGAGUUCGUGGCCAACUCUUUGGAUGUACAUCCAAAGCAAUCUAUUCACCCCAAGGAUAAAAGAAACCAAGACCGACCAUUUUUUUUUGUAAACCUAAUCAAAAUGUAAAUGUUUCCAGUGUGCUUUUUUUGGAGGAUAUGCAGAAUGAGAACAUUGGCUUUGAGCUUGAGGUAAUGGUCCAUGUGUCCUCAGAGGUGUCUCCUCACUUUCCUCCCAGCUGGAUACAGGUUCAUUUAGAUCUACAUUUUAAAGUCCAUUUAGUAAGCCUAUAGCACAUUGCAUCUCAGUGCUUGAGGUGUCACUACAGACCCCCUGGUUCGAUUCCAGGCUGUAUCACAACCGGCCGUGAUUGGGAGUCCCAUAGGGCGGCGCACAAUUGGCCCAGCGUCGUCCGGUUUUGGCCGGUGUAGGCCGUCAUUGUAAAUAAGAAUUUGUUCUUAACUGACUUGCCUAGUUAAAUAAAGGUAAAAUUGGUAAUUGGUUUGGUAAUGGUUUGUUUGGAUUAGACUGGCUAUACAGUAUUUGUUAGGCUUACUAAGUGUUACCAAAUACAGUAAAGUACUACUUAAUUCGUUUUUUGGGGUAUCUUUACUAUUUAUAUUUUUGAAAACUUUGACUUUUACUCCACUACAUUCCUAGAGAAAAUAAUGUACUUUCUACUCCAUCCAUUUUCCCUGACACCCAAAAAUACUUGUUACAUUUUGAAUGCUUAGCAGGACAGGAACAUUGUCAAUUUCACACACUAAUCAAGAGAAAAUCCCUGGUCAUCCCUACUGCAACUGAUCUGGUGGACUCAUUAAACACAAAUGCUUUGUUUGUAAAUGAUGUCUGAGUGUUGGAGUGUGCCCCUCCCUGGCUACCCAUACAUUUAAACAACUAGAAAAUCAUGCCAUCUGGUUUGCUUAAUAUAAGGAAUUUGAAAUGAUUAAUACUUUUACUUUUACGUUUGAUACUUAAGUACAUUUUAACAAUUACAUUUACUUUUGAUACUUAAGUAUAUUUAAAACCAAAUACUUUUAGACUUUUACUCAAGUAGUAUUUACUGGGUGACUUUCACUUUUACUUGAGUCAUUUUCUAUUAAGAUACAUUAUCUUUACUUUUACUCAAGUAUGACAAUUGGGUACUUUUUCCACCACUGGUUAUGUUAGGCUGUAUGGUUUGACUUAAAAAGAAAAUCCCUCCUGCUUGCUGGUUACCUCAUGUCACUGGAUCCUCACAUUCUCACACACAUUUUUUCUCACCUUCCUUCCCUCCCUCACUCCCUCCCACACGCACACAGAUUCUUUCGCUAAUCAACACUUUCUCUGUCACAGUUACACUUUCUUUCCCCUCUAUUCUUGCGCCUGGGGAAAGAUGGAAUGAGCCUCAGCCUUUUUUCUUCAUGGGUGUUUGUUCCAGUUCCCACCAGACAGAUGGAGCUAAUGAUUGUCAGGCUUCUCUUGAGAACGACCCCUGGGGCCUGGGCAUUAUAAGAGAGGGAGAAAGAGGGGCAGACAGACAGACAGACAGACAGACUGGGUGAAUUGGGAGAUAAUGUUUGAUUUUGGAGGAAAGAGUGGCAAGAUUGCCAGACACAGAAAUGCAUAGAUCAGGGGGAUCAGUGGCAGACUGAAAAACAAGUUAAGAAAGAGAGAGAAAAGGAAAGGGAACGAGACUAACGGACAGAGACUGAAUAAAGAGAGCGACCCACCUGGGGCCCAUUUGAUCAUCUUAAACCACAUGAAAGAGAACACCCGAUGGCAGGCUGGGAGCUAGCCCCACCCAACUAUCCAGUUGUCCAAAUGCAAACUGUGGAUAUGUGAAGGUGCUUUGGAUGCAAGCCAAUGCAGUAGCCUAAUGAAUCAUGUGCCAGUAGAUAGAGUGUGUGUGCAGGAUUGUCUCCCAGAGGGAAACAACAUCAAGCGAACCAUCAGUCUAUUGAUUUACUGUAACCCUAUAAGAUAUUUAUGUUUUGGUUACAGUAAACAUGAUGCUCAGAGCUGGAGUCGACAUGAUUCAAUUGGGCUAUUUAAGCUUGACUACUUCUCUCAUUAGGGCACAAUAAAGAUUUGGAACAUAUGAACAUAUUAACCAGAUACACAGGAUAUAUAUUUUUUGUUGCAAUUGACGUUCAAUUGGACGAAAUACUCUGCUUGAGUAGCAUUCAAUGCUCAUACCAGUUUUUGCCUUGAAUAGUUUAUUUCCCUCAAUAGUUCACCUGUAGACAUUGGACCAAAGUAGAGACCCUGUUAUAGAUGAGGUCACAAUGGAACCUCUGCUCUUUCUUUCUUUCUUUCUUUCUUUCUUUCUUUCUUUCUUUCUUUCUUUCUUUCUUUCUUUCUUUCUUUCUCUCUUUCUUUCUUUCUUUCUUUCUCUCUUUCUCUAUCUUACACUAAAAGAGACGUCUGAGUUGAAGCUAACUGCUCUCUCUAACCUCUAUGCACCCCCCCCCCUCUCUCUCUCUCUCUCUCUCUCUCUCUCUCUCUCUCUCUGUGUAUCUUUCUCUCCUCUUACAGGGGUGUGGUUCGAGUGGAUGUCAACCUACAGGAUGUGGACAUUGACCAGUGCUCCAGCAGUGGCUGGUUUGCCGGAACUCACCGAUGUAACGUGACCAGCAUGGAAGUGAGUCUACUUUCAUUCAUCCGUUCAACUUUCCAUCCCUUCGUCCAUCCAUCCAUCCAUUCAUCCAUCCAUAGUUCAUACAUUGAUGGUGUGUGCUUCCUACACUUUACAUGCAUACACAAACACAAUUUCUUGGUAAAAGCAUGGUUGUUAUUGUUAAUCCCAGUACUAA